GGGGCGGGGCGCAGCUUUGCGGAGCCCUAGCGCAGCGCUGGGGAGGGGGGCGGCCAAGGGGGGCGGUGGUCGGGCCGCGCAGGCGGAGAUGGAAUGGGGCCCAGGCUCAGACUGGUCACGGGGGGAGGCUGCCGGCGUGGACCGUGGGAAGGCGGGGCUGGGGCUCGGCGGGAGGCCACCCCCGCAGCCGCCCCGGGAUGAGCGCGCCCAGCAGCUGCUGGACGCGGUGGAGCAGCGGCAGCGGCAGCUCUUGGACACCAUCGCCGCCUGCGAGGAGAUGCUGCGGCAGCUGGGCCGCCGGCGCCCGGAGCCGGCUGGUGGCGGGAACGUCUCAGCCAAAUCCGGAGCACCUCCCCAGCCAGCUGUCUCCGCCAGGGGUGGCAUUCCAAAGGAUGCUGGCGAUGGAGCUGCGGAGCCCUGACCAUCCCUGAUGGGCGCCCUGACUUCUAUCCCUCCCGGGGCUGGUGGCUGGACUCUGAACAACUCCCUUCAAUAAAGGGGCCAGUCUUCACUGGCAGUGGCUGGUACUUGGCUCUCAGCCUGGGGUGGCAGCUCUGCUAGCAGCUGGGUUCACUCCCACUUCAUCCUGGCUGAAGGCAGUGCUGAGCUUUGAAAUGUAGCCAACAAAUACCCAGUCUGAUUACCCGGAUUUGGGCAGACCAGCAGUGCUCUCCAGAGUGGUCUGGCCUGCUUUGGGGGAUCCAGGUGGUGUUACAUGUCCAUUUCAUGCUUUGGGGGCUCCUAGUCCCACAAAACACUUUUAGCAGAGCCUUGAUUAAAAGGAAACCUGCAGAC